UUAUGGUUUUGACUUUUCGAUGGCUCCAAAACAGAAACAAUGCUUUCUGUUUUUUGCUUUCUAUUUUUUGCCUUCUGCUAUCUUUGCCUUCUGCCUUCUUUGCUUUGUUGCUCCACGAUCACUGCUGAGACAAACUUCAACAAGAGGAAAGAGGAAAGAGGAAAGAGGAAAAAGAGAACUGUUUACUGUUGUUUCUAUCACAUUCACCACCAACUCUCACAUCCCACUGAUUUCCAUCUUCUACCACCCCGCAUAUAAGCAAGAAAAGUUAAAAGGGAUUGCUUAUUAUUUCAUAUGUUUAUCAUCUGUCAUUGGUAUUUAAAUUCACUUGUUUUCGGUGGUU